AACUCGCUCUGUAGACCGGGCUGGCCUUGACUUUACAGAGAUUCACCCUCCUCUGCCUCCUGAGACUAGGAUUAAAGGUGUGCACCGCGUGGCUAGAGUGGGAGUCUUUAACAUUCUUAGACUCCUGCUUUUCCCCUUCCCUGUGCUCUUGGGAGAGCCUGGCCUCUCUGCCCUCCUGACAUUCUGUUUCUGACUUCUCUAGAUAGUCUGAACAUUGCACCCUGUCACAUCAGCCCGUGCUUUUCUACUCCUACCCAGGAUGCACUAGGUGAGGGCUGGCGCCCACCCCACCCUACUGUGACCAUGGAUCCUGGAGCCGGACCUGACUCGUCUCUGACUGUCAAUGAGCAGGUCAUUGUGAUGUCAGGCCACGAGACCAUCAGAGUAUUGGAAGUCGGAGUGGAUGCCCAGCUUCCAGCCGAGGAGGAGAGUAAAGGACUGGAGAACGUGGCAGCUGGUGGCUCCCAGAGUGGAGGCCCUGCUGAAGCCAGUGGACCUCCUGGUGAAGCUGGGUCAUGUGACCCAGACCAUUCUCCAGAGGCAACCGUCACUGCCCGGAAUCCCUCCGAGUCCUGCCCCAGCCGUCGCCACCUUCAGCCAAGCACCAAGCCAGCCUCAGGCAUCACAGACCCUGACGCCACUGGCUGUGCAAGCUGCCCCCCAGGUCAAGUGGCUGGGCAGCAGGGGCUGGCCGUGUGGACAAUCCCUACAGCAACUGUGGCUGCCCUCCCAGGACUGACCGCGGCCUCUCCCACGGGGGGAACUUUCAAGCCACCUUUAGCUAGUCUCCAAGCUGCCGUGCUGAACACCGCCCUCCCGACACCCGUACAAGCCGCCCCACCAGUCCAGGCCUCCUCGCCAGCCCAGCCCCGCCCACCAGCUCAGCCCCAGCCGCUGUUCCAGACCCAGCCGCUGCUACAGACCACGCCUGCCAUACUCCCACAACCCACCGCUGCCACCGUUGCUGCCCCCACCCCCAAGCCAGUGGAUGCCACCCCGCAGAUCACCGUCCAGCCUGCAGGCUUCGCAUUUAGCCCAGGGAUCAUCAGUGCAGCCUCCCUCGGGGGACAGACGCAGAUCCUGGGCUCCCUCACUACAGCUCCAGUUAUUACCAACGCCAUUCCCAGCGUGCCCGGGAUCAGCAGUCAGAUCCUCACUAACGCUCAGGGACAGGUUAUUGGAGCACUUCCGUGGGUAGUGAACUCAGCUAGCGUGGCCACACCAGCACCAGCACAGAGCCUGCAGGUCCAAGCUGUGACUCCCCAGCUUCUGUUGAAUGCCCAGGGCCAGGUGAUCGCAACCCUAGCCAGCAGUCCCCUGCCUCAACCUGUGGCUGUCAGGAAGCCAAACACACCGGAGUCCCCUGCUAAGAGUGAGGUGCAGCCUAUCCAGCCGACGACACAAGCCGUGCCCCAGCCUGCCGUGCUCCUCAGCAGCCCUGCCCCCACACUUAAGCCGUCAGCCUCAGCUCCCAUUCCGAUCACCUGCUCAGAGACCCCUACCGUCAGUCAGCUGGUAUCAAAGCCGCACACUCCAAGUCUGGACGAGGACGGGAUCAACUUAGAAGAGAUCCGGGAGUUUGCCAAGAAUUUUAAGAUCCGGCGGCUCUCCCUGGGUCUGACACAGACCCAGGUGGGCCAGGCUUUGACAGCGACAGAAGGACCAGCCUAUAGCCAAUCAGCCAUCUGCAGGUUCGAGAAGUUAGACAUCACACCCAAGAGCGCCCAGAAGCUGAAGCCGGUUUUGGAAAAGUGGCUGAACGAGGCGGAGCUCCGGAACCAGGAAGGCCAGCAGAAUCUGAUGGAGUUUGUGGGUGGUGAGCCCUCCAAGAAACGCAAGCGGCGUACUUCCUUCACGCCACAGGCCAUAGAGGCUCUCAACGCCUACUUUGAGAAAAACCCCCUGCCCACGGGCCAGGAGAUCACCGAGAUCGCUAAGGAGCUCAACUACGACCGUGAGGUGGUGAGGGUCUGGUUUUGUAAUCGUCGCCAGACCCUCAAGAACACCAGCAAGCUGAACGUCUUUCAGAUCCCUUAGGGCUUACUGUCAGCACUUUGUAUUCGUCCCUCAGCAACCAGCUGAAGUCACUGCAGUGGCAGUACCGUGUGCAGCCAUGCUUGCCCUAGGUCGUGAGACUCCACCUGUGCAUGUGUGUCAAUGCCUGCCUCUUCUGCCCACAUAUGUCACACCCUGGGGGAGGCCCGAGGAGCUGCAUGAGGGCCCUAGGCUCUGGGCUGGGCAUGUUGGAAGGAGGGGGUUUGUGGGGUUCUUAGAAAAGCACUUUGCCAAGGUGGUUUCUGAAGGGUGAGUUGUGGUUGGGAACCAGAAAGGCUCUGUCUUUGGGUCAGGGCUGUAGCAACUCUUGGGGACAGCUGUGUAGUAGCUCUUGUGUUUGGUGGCACCUUUUACCCUUCCUCUCGCUCCCCUGCGGCUGUUGCCUGUGUGACAACUCACCUGGUGGAACCGCAGCCUUGCACUGCCUCCCUUACUCUGUAUAUGGGCACACUGAACCUCUUAAAGGACCGAGGAGAUGGAAUCCAGAGAAGUGUGGUGUGCUGCUCAGACCCACUGUCUGUCUUGAUCUUGAGGUUCCCAAGGUGACAUCGAGGGGUCGGAGGCCUGAGGUCAGGAGCUCCGAGGUCCCUCCCGGGGUCCUGCUGGUGGUAGGAUUGCGAUAAGUCAGGAUGUUUUCUUCCCCAAACCAAGUUGGAAGGAAGCAGGAGUGAACUCUCCCAUCCUGGAGAGCCUUAGAUCUGUGGCAGGUCUGGAAUUUAUAAAGUAAAUAAGGC